GCGCAGAUGCGGCCGGCACCAUGGUCGCCGCGUCCGGGCCUGCAGGGAUCCUAGCGGGACGCCCUUCGGGUUCUCAGGCCCCGGCCGGGUCCCAGCCGCAGAACGGCGCACCCCUCGCCACGCCGCCCGAGAAGGACGACGCCGGCGCCCGACACCGCUCCGACCUCUACGUCAGGCCCAGCUGGACCGAUGCCGCGCUCGCGCUCGACCAGCUCGAGAAGGGCAAGGCGGAGGGUCAGAGGUCGGCGGUGUGGAUCAGGGCCCGGCUGCAGGACCAACUGAGCCAGCUCGGCUACUUUCUCCAGAGGCACGCCGGCAAGGUCCUCUUCGUGGCGAUACUCGCCCUCGCCACCUUCUGCGUCGCCCUAAAGUCGGCCCAAGUGCACAGCAAGGUCGAGCAGCUCUGGGUACAAGAAGGCGGAAGGCUGCAGAGGGAGCUGACGUACGCCUCGGAGGCCCUGGGCGAGGCCGCCGCGUCGACGCACCAGCUCGUCAUCCAGACGCCGAGGCACUCCGGGGCGAACAUCCUGCAUCCCGCCGCCCUGAAGGAACACUUGGCGGUCCUCAAGGCGGCCACCGAGGUCACCGUGCACCUGUUCGAGAUCACGUGGAGGCUAAAGGACAUGUGUUACGCGCCGAGCAUACCCAACUUCGACAUGCACUACAUCGACCAGAUCUUCGAUAAUAUCAUCCCCUGCGCCAUUAUCACUCCACUGGACUGCUUCUGGGAGGGCAGCAAACUCCUGGGCCCCGAAUAUCCUGUACAUAUGCCCGGGGGCCAGACCAACAAGCCGGUCCAGUGGACCAACCUGAACCCUUCCGGGAUGCUGGAGGAGAUGAAGAAGAUGUCGUUCGCCUUCCCCUUCAAGACUCUGGAGGAUUACAUGAAGCGGGCCGGCAUAACGAAUGGAUACCAGAGCAAGCCUUGCCUGGACCCCACCGACCCGGAUUGCCCCGAGACCGCUCCCAACAAAAAGUCCCAGCAGAUUCCAGAUGUGGGAGCCGAGCUGACCGGAGGGUGUUACGGAUUCGCCGCCAAGUACAUGCACUGGCCGGAAGAGCUCGUGGUCGGCGGUGCCAAGCACAACAAGACGGGCCACCUAACCAGGGCCGCGGCCCUGCAGACCGUAGUGCAGCUCAUGGGCGAGAGAGAGCUGUACGACUUCUGGGCGAACACGUACAAGGUGCACCACAUAGACUGGUCCCAGGAGAAGGCAUCCGUAGUCCUGGAGACGUGGCAACGGGCUUUUAGCAACCAGGUCAGGAGGCAGCUCAACGGGAACGGGUCCGCUCCGUACAAUCUGUACGCUUUCAGCACGACCACCAUGAACGACAUCCUCGGGAAGUACAGCGAGGUCUCGCUAAUGAAGAUCGCCAUUGGGUGCGCGUUGAUGCUGCUGUACGCGGGCAUAGCUCUGCUCAGAUGGAAGGACCCCGUGCGUUCUCAAUCCGGCGUGGGAAUAGCCGGAGUGAUGUUGGUGUGCGCAACCGUGGCUGCCGGGCUGGGAUUCUGCGCGCUGUUGGGGAUCCCCUUCAACGCCGCGACGACUCAGAUCGUACCGUUCCUGGCGCUGGGAUUGGGGGUGCACGAUAUGUUCCUCUUGACCCACACCUACGCCGAGUUGUCCGUGAACGAGGUGCCGAGUUGUGAGCAGACCGGCGUGGUCCUGAAGCGAACGGGUCUCUCGGUUCUUCUAACGGGACUCAGUAACGUGUCGGCCUUCUUCGCGGCGGCGAUAAUCCCGAUCCCGGCGCUCAGGGUCUUUUCCCUCCAGGCCGGGAUCCUGAUUCUCUUUAACCUGGCGGCGAUGCUGCUGGUCUUCCCCGCGAUGGUCAGCUUGGACCUGAGGAGACGCAGGUCGGGUCGCUCGGAUGUUUUCUGCUGCUGCCUCCCAGCGGUGACCGGCAACAAGACCCACUGUGGGCGGAGGAGCAACGGCACGGCCAAGCACACGGUCACCAGGGCGAUUCCGCCCGAAAGGAGAGAGACUUGUACGCAGAUAUUGACUCCUCAGAACCAUCGAAACGAGCCGUGGAUCGGAGGCAACGCGAUCGACGUCGAGUCCGAGAAACCGUGCACCGAGGAGGACACUCUGACCGGAUGCAGCCAGGACGAUUGUCUCAGUUUCUCCCUCACUCAGCUGGCGGCUAGACAUUAUGCUCCCUUCGUGACCAGACCGGCUACCAAGGUCUUCGGCAUGAUGCUACUUGCCGGGGUCCUGGGUGGGAGCAUCUGGCUCGCUAUGAAGGUGGACGACGGCUUGGAGCUGACGGAUCUGGUGCCCCAGAACUCCGACGAACACGCCUUCUUGGCCGCUCAGGCCAAACACUUCGGCUUCUACAACAUGUUCGCCGUGACCGGCAGGGAUUUCGAGUACCCCAACAACCAGAGACUCUUGUAUGAGUAUCACGACGCUUUCAUGAGAGUCAAGAACGUUAUUAAGAACGACGACGGAGGGCUUCCAGAGUUCUGGCUGGGUCUCUUCAGGGACUGGCUCAAAGGCCUCCAGGGCGCCUUCGACAGGGACUACCGAAACGGGUGCAUCACCCAGGAACGGUGGUUCAGGAACGCCAGCGACGAGGCCAUCCUUGCGUACAAGCUGCUCGUGCAAACCGGACACGUGGACAACCCCAUAGACAAGACUCUGGUCACUCAGGUGAGACUGGUCGACGCAGAGGGCAUCAUCAAUCCCAAGGCCUUCUACAAUUAUCUCAGCGCCUGGGCGUCCAACGACGCCCUCGCCUAUGGAGCCUGCCAGGCCAACUUGCGACCGGAACCUAGACAGUGGUUCUACACCAACGAUCACGAGCUCAAGAUCCCGAAGAGCAUGCCUCUCACCUACGCGCAGAUGCCGUUCUAUCUGCACAGGCUGACGGAGACCAGGGACAUUACCGAGCUGAUCGGUAGCGUCCGGAACCUCUGCAGGAAGUUCGAGGAACGCGGCCUGCCGAACUUCCCCUCGGGCAUUCCUUUUCUCUUCUGGGAGCAGUACAUGGACCUGAGGAGCUGUCUCGGCAUUGCCCUCUUGGCUGCCCUGGGAGCCAGCGUGGCCGUGGUCGGAAUAUUAUUGUUAAACCUUUGGGCAGCUUUGUUGGUCGGCACUGCGCUAGCUGGAGUCGUUCUCCAAUUAUUGGGUAUCAUGGGACUCUGCGGUAUCAGGCUCAGCGCGGUACCAGCUGUUCUGCUGGUAGUGAGCGUUGGAAUUGCCGUGCACUUCACCGUCCACAUCUGUUUGAGCUUCGUAACGAGCAUCGGAAGCAGAGAUCGGCGGAUCCGACUGGCCUUGGAGCACAUGUACGCCCCCGUGAUCCAUGGGGCCUUGACAACCUUGCUGGCCGUGGUGAUGUUAGCCUUCUCCGAGUUCGAAUUCAUCGUCCGCUACUUCUUCCUGGUCCUCCUCUGUCUGAUUGGUGUCGGCCUGGUAAACGGCCUCUUCUUCUUUCCGAUUCUGCUUUCGUUGAUCGGUCCCUCGCCCGAGGUGAUCCCGAAUGAGCAUCCAGAUCGGAUAUCCACCCCGACGCCACCGGCUUCUCCCAUCGUCAGGAGGUCCAAGCCUCCUGCUCCGCCCAGAAGGUCUCACAAAAUCGAGAGCGCCAGAUUGCACGCCGAACCGUCCUUGACGACCAUCACGGAGGAGCCCAAUUCCUGGCACAGCACUCAGGAGUCCUGCAUCAUCGUCCAGCCAGAAGUGAAGGUGGAGACAACCUCGACUUGCGGAAACCAGAACUGUAGCGGAUCGGACUCGAGUGGGUCUAGUCGGACAUCGCCGGUACCGUCCGCAUCGCACAUCACCACUAAGGUCACUGCCACCGCUAAUAUUAAGGUCGAGGUCCACACUCCGCUCACCAUAGGUGGAGUGGAUCGUGGUGAGAAGUGCCGGCACUCCAGCUCGAGCAACAGGAGGAGUUCGCGCUGCAGUACGAGCGUUAACACGGGGGAGUCUUCCGGGUCCAGUUCUGAGCCGGAUUCUGACUCGACCUCUAACUCAACCAACAAGCACUAACGGCGAGUACCGGGACGACCGGCAGCUGCUGCUCAAGUACCACGCUAAGCGGGAACCCACAGAAGGCUGACUAGGCUAGGCUAUUUCGCGAGUCCUUUUAGGCGACUCGAUCGUUUCGUUACGUCGCGCGAACCCCUUAAGCCCUUGACAAAAAAAAAAAGAUACGCUGAAGUAUUACGAGACAGUGGCGUCCCCAUAGAGGUAGUUGUAGACGCCAGGUAUCGCGUGUGAACGAUUCCGCGCGAACGCGGUUUUCCGUCCGGCCCUCGGCAAAAUGGUUCAAUGUCCUUGAAGGGACGAGACCCGCACAGGGAACCGGAGUUGGAACCUAAUUUUUAGACGUGUCCUAUGCUCGGUAUAACGAUUCCUUUUUUAUAAUGUUUACAACGCGACCCAUGUUGCCUGGGAGGGCAUUUUUUAACGUGUACCAAUUGACAAAAAGUAAUCGCCCGAUUCGUAAUGGCGGGCGGUGACGCGCGUCCGGCAGAAACUCGUUGGUUCUGCUUUUUUAUACUCGUGUGGCUGUAUUAUUUUGACCGGUGUUCAAAAACGGCAAUUUUUUAGUAUUGAACGUAUACUGGCACGGUGUGUCACCGAUUGAUAUUUAAUUGAAUUAAAUGAUAACUCGUCCAAGUAUUAAUAACUUUAAUACAGCACGUUUCCGAUGGCGGUCGAUCUCGAAAGGUGCUCCAUUUCGACCUUGUACGAUUUCUCUUUAAAAUGACUGCCAGCUUCUGAGACACAGCGAUUCUUAUAGCGAAGCAUGGGCAAAUGGAUUUAAAGGAUCUGGGUAGGCAUUUCAGACGAUAAGAGACGCGCUGAAAGAUGAUUCGUUUUCUACUGGAGCCACCAUUUUACACAUUUGAAUGACUCCAUGAUGUAAAAAAAAGUAGAAUACAUUAAAUGUAUGUCAAAAGCAUUGAGAUAAUUCUAUUUGUUGUCUUUGGAGAUCUCUUGUUAAUUGUAUAUAAACACGUGUCCUUGGAAAGGUGCAAAACUAGUUCAAUUUGUUACCAAUGGCAGUAUCAGCUACGUACCUAUUCGAAGACUAUUAAUGCAUUUUUAUGAGAGCGUAGAAGGGAAGAAAAAGAAGAGACGAAGUGCCUCAAAGCAAGGCCAAGUUUCCUAAGGAAAGCAAUAAGUCGCGACCAGGGUAUUUGUUUAAUUUAUUGACGAGCAGGAUGACUGUUUACGAAACAGAGAAGGGAAUACAAAAUAAGCGGCCGAUUGUAAAAUUGGCAUGAUAUUACAAUGUUUUCUUUUUUUAAUUUUACUUAAAAAUAAGUAAGGAUUCGAGUAAUCUCCAGUGCUAGUAUUCGUUCAGUUUUAAUGUUGGAUAAUGGAGAAGCUUUUGUCAAUAGAGAGGCUGGCUCGACGACAGUAUGUUACCUACAAUAAAUCAUUAUUUGCAUAUUAUUGCGACGAUUGUGUUGUUUUAAAAGAACUGUAUCAUUGCCGUGCCAUCGAACCUACACUUGCUGCAAAAGUCAAAGGUAGAUUGGCAAAGCGAUGUUCAUUUUUACAGUUUAUUGGGAAGUAUGAAAUUUAAAUUCCUAUUUAUAGUUAUGCAUUAACGCUUGUAUGGUGCAUUGAUGCAGAGUGAAUGUGGUUCGAGUGAAAUGAGUCUCAAAUCUAUUUAUUAUUUAUUUUACUAGCCACAACUUGAUAAUUCAAGUAUUUAAUAGGGAAAGACUUUGUACAAUGUGCGUUCAAAGCAUGGUGACUUGUAAAAAUACUCAACUAUUUAUGUCGCCGUA